UGAUGUAGAAUUUAUGGCCCUGCUGUUUCAAAUAAGUGGUCAGUUUCGUCAGUUAUAUGUCUCAUCUGACGGUCAGUUUCGCCUAGCUGAUGGCGAGCCAGGGUGGGACCUUGAAAAGUCGGUAUGAUUUCGGUUCGGUAGCUUGCGCUGACAACAUGAACUUGUGUAAUACAUAAUUCAUUGAACAUCAUCAGUAUGCUAAGAGUGCUGUUUUGGUGAUUUACGAUAUUGGUUUAUCGUUCCUGAUAUCUUCAUUUACGUGCGCAGCUUAUGUUAAUACAGAUCCACUGCAGUAUUAAACGGCUUAUGGACCUCGCGUGAACAUUAAAUCGGUGGAUAUUAUCACAAGCAAACUCCUCGAAGUAUCAAGACAUCUAAAGAAGCAUAUUGUUUCAUCGAUCGUUUUUUGUCACAACUUGAACUCCCACUCCAAUCCGCGGGAACUUGUGCACCAUCGUCUCGUCGCUGCAUCCUUUGUCGGUGAUGCACUCCUGUUUUGUUGUCAUCUCAUUCGGUCUGCCGGUGGCGCUGUGGCUUGUCACCAUCCGCCGCUGCUCUGGGCUCAGCGCUGACGAUGUCUGGUCGGGCAGCAUCUGGGAAAAGGCUCAGAGGGCUCGCGACAAGAACGCCUCCAACUCGGACCGACUGAUGCAGCAUAUCUGGCAGAACCCCGAGACGGCCGACAAGUUCAUCGACUGCGAUAUCCUCGCCGACAGUGAGACCGACAAGUACUUUCAGUUUCUGACGUUGUACGACGCGGAUGACGCCAGAGAGGAUCUGCUGAACGCCCUGCCCGAUGACGGCUACGUGCGAGGGCCGUGGCCGCUGAAGGAUGGGGUGUCGAUUAUACCUUACACCAUUCCGACAAAGAUGGAUACGACGCAGCUGGCCUACUUCAUCGGCGCCUUCCGACGCUGGCAGAAGGCGGCCAGCGUGGACUUUGUGAAGGGCUCCAAGGACAAGCCGCACCUGGAGGUGAUGGAGGGCGGCGGCUGCUACGCCACGCUGGGCUACCACCCCACGCUGCCGCGCCAGCUGUCGGUGCACGCGGGCCGCUGCACCGAGACGAUCAUCGUCCACCUGCUGGGUCACGUGCUGGGUCUGCCGCACCCGACGUCCACGGUCGGACGCGCCAACGAGCAGUACCUGAUGCCACACCACGCGGCGCCGCGCUCCAUGGGUGUGCUGCGCACGCGCGCCGGCACCGCCUUCGACCCGUUCGACGUGAUGGCCGUGGACCCGUGGUUCUGCGGCGUCUUCAACCGGUCCACGUGGCGGCCGCUGAGCCCGAUCCGCUACAAGUGGGCGGCCGUCACCGGGCACUGGGCGCUGACCGGGUACGAGAACCCCGAGCGGCGCUCGGCCUCCACGGGCCUUCUGCAGAGGGAGAUCCAGCGGCUGGCAGGCAAGGACGGCUGCACCAACCAGUGCUCCGACCCGUGCCGACAGUUCCUCACACCAAAGUGCGAGUGUGUCACACCCUACGAGGCCACAGACGACGCGUACGUUAAACUCGCCAAGGCCGAGGGACUCUGGCACUUGGACAUGGCGGCACAGGUGAAUAAGGACCUUACGCCGGACUCCCUGAAGUUCAGAUUGGUGCCCUCGCCGAAAAUCCUCAUGUUCUUUCACACCACCAACGAGGCUCACUUUGUCACUGAGGACGUGGACGGCACUAAGUGCUGGCAGUGCACGCUAUUUGUGGUGACGGUGUACCUGUACGCCUCGAUGGAGCCGCCGGCCAGCCGGCUGGUGGCUCUGGGCUCUCGCUGCUCCCUGUUCUCCAUGGAGGUGAACGGCGCCCUGGAGGAGGGCUGGUUCCGACUCUGUAUGCACCACCUGCUCCAGUCGGAAGGCCGCUAUAUCUACAUGGCGUUCCGCGGGCCGGGCACUGUGCUCAUCCGCUACUUUGGCUCCGAGGACCAGUUCCCAGAGUUUCACAAACACUUCACCGAUGAGAUUCGGUUCGGGUGGAGCGUGCAGAAAAUGAAGGACUGCAAGUGCUCGGAUGGUCCGGCGGUGGAGAUUCAGAGCUCAAUGAUCAAACAAUGAGAACUGGGGCAAUGGGACUGGGCUGGAAGAGACGAUGAGGUCCACCAGACUUUAUUGUUGCAUGUCGUGCAAAAUGUGUUAUUAAUAACACACAUGCCUUCCUCACAAGGGAGGAGUGAAUGUUCUUUGAUGUUUGUGAAUGGGGGACUCAUGGACUCUGCUGUUGCCACCUUAAUUAGAGUUCACGUUAUUGUUAAAGUUUAUGCAUUUAUUUUUCAUGUUUAUCGUUGCCUCAACGACAGUUUCGUUGUUUUGAGCAUUCAGUGUGAGGUGCUUUGGGUUUUGCCAAAUACAUACCUCUACUACUGA